GCAAGUAAAUAUGAGGGAAAUAAGGUUGUUUGAAUAGAUGUAAGUUGUGUUUGGAGAAAUAUUGUUGUGUGUUGUGUGUUGUGGAGAGGCAGAGGCAGAGAUGGAUCCUCCGCCGAAGAGCUGGAGCAUCCAUACCCGAGCAGAGAUAAUCGCGAAAUACGAGGUGAUGGAGCGGGUGGGCUCCGGAGCCUACGCCGACGUCUACCGCGGCCGUCGCCUCUCCGACGGCCUCAUCGUCGCCCUCAAGGAGAUCCACGACUACCACUCCGCCUUCCGAGAAAUCCACGCCUUGCAACUCCUCCAGGGCUCCCCAAACGUCGUCGUUUUGCACGAAUACUUCUACCGCGACGACGAGGACGCCGUCCUCGUCCUCGAGUUCCUCCGCACCGACUUGGCCACCGUCAUCUCCGACGCCGCCAAGGCCAACCUGCCCCUCCCCCCCGCCCACCUCAAGCGCUGGAUGCUCCAGAUUCUCUCCGGCCUCCACGCCUGUCACCGCCACAUGGUCCUCCACCGAGAUUUGAAGCCCUCCAAUCUCCUCAUUUCCGAACACGGCCUCCUCAAGAUCGCUGAUUUUGGACAGGCAAGGAUUCUCACGGAGGCUGGAUUUGACGCUUCUAUUGAUAAUGAAGAAUAUUCUAGAGUUUUAGAUGACACUCAUAAUAAGGAUAUGAAUACUAACAUUUAUGAUGGAAAUGCAACAUGCACCAUAAGUGACAUAGAUAGGGAAGAGGAAGAGGAGGAAGAGGAAGGGAAAAAACUUGGUUGUUUCACAUCAUGCGUUGGGACACGUUGGUUUAGGGCUCCUGAGUUGCUUUAUGGGUCUAGAGACUAUGGUUUGGAGGUCGAUUUGUGGUCCUUGGGAUGUAUCUUUGCGGAGCUUUUAACUCUGCAACCUUUGUUUCCUGGAACUGCUGAUAUUGACCAGCUUAGCAGAAUCAUUAGUGUUUUGGGUAACCUAGAUGAGAGUGCUUGGGUUGGAUGUUCUAAACUUCCUGAUUAUGGGAUAAUCUCCUUUAGCAAGGUGGAGAACCCUGCUGGUCUUGAAGCAUGUUUGGCCAAUCGGUCCCCUGAUGAAGUGGCUCUGGUGAAGAGACUGGUUUGUUAUGAUCCAGCUAAGAGGGCUACAGCAAUGGAACUGCUUAAUGACAAGUACUUUAGAGAAGAGCCUCUUCCUGUUCCUGUUUCUGAGCUGCGAGUUCCUCUGACCAGGAAAGGGCAAGAUGAGGAUUCCCGUUCCCCUCGUGAGUGGGAUGAUUUCGAUGAAGAUUCUGAUUUUGAUGAGUUUGGUCCUCUCAAUUUCACAAGGACUGGUACCGGUUUCUCCAUACAGUUUCCUUGAAUUCAAGGUACUUCAUGUUAUUGAAAAGAAAAUUCUCUAUCUCUCUCUCGCUUUUUCUGAUUUUACAUUCCCUUUUGUGAACAAUGGGAUAAAUUUUUGAAAAGUAACCAUGAUGGAUUGUGUAUUAACAUGACAUUCAUAGUUGAUAUACAUGGACUUGUAUCUUUUCAUAUUUACACAUAAUGAUAGCACCUACUAAAGUUAUUUUUGUGUU